GGAUGCACAGUCGCAUUUUAUCGUGGUCCUCCAAAAGAUCACACAGGCCAAAAAUGAAGGCCGAAAAGACACGCCAGGCCAGUGUUCUGAGGCGAAGUUCACGAGGCCGCAGCUUUUUGCAGCUAUCACAAAUUAAAUGCGCGCACCUCGCCAAGCGAACCUGCCGCCAAGCGAACCUGCAGUCCACCUAUUUGCCUGCGAGCCACGACUCUUUUGCUGUAGCCAAUACGUAGCCUCUGCCAUCAUGCAGAGUUUGAACGUACCUCUGCAGCCGGGCUCCCCGGGACUGCUGCGGAGCGGUGGUGGCAAGCGUGGCAAUUCGAGCAGCCCGGCCGGGAGCCCUUUCAAGGCGAGGCGCAACUGCGUUAUGCUGCCUCAUUCGUUCAAGUUCGUGUUCCAGGCUCGCUUCGGCGCCAUUGCCCAGGCGAACGGCGACGCCCUCCCUCCAGGCGCCCAGUCUGGCGUGCCCCGCUUCGCCGGUCUCGCGGGCUUCAUGCUGAAGGAACCACUGGGCGCCUGGAGGGAGGGCGUCAACGCGGCCAAUGUGGUCCGUGAUGAGGACAACCAGGCCACCAUCGAGCGGGACCGUGAUGAGAUGGGCAACUACUGGACAUACAGGGCCAUCCCCACGCUGGCCCUGGGCCCUGCGUUCACCAUUCUCAAUGCCAACCUGUUUGGGUCCGAGGACAUGCGCCUCCAGAAUGCCAUGGACUCCCCCAACCAGCAGGUCCUGCGGCAGGCGCGCAUCAACCGCACCAAGUUCACGGUGAUCGCAUCGGUGGCCGGCGAGUACCAGGCUUCCAACACGCAGUGCUGGGUGCCGGUGUUCAUCGCCGGCCACGCUGCCAACGCCGAGCCCAUCCGGCUCAUGUGCUGGUUCAGCGAGGGCAGCCACUUCAGCCAGGCGCUCGAGAGGAUCGCGGACAACCGCAUCACCCGCCCCAUCAUGUUCGUGGGCAUGGUGGACGUGAAGCCGGGCUCCCGUGACGCCUGCAUCCGUCCCUUCGAGCAGAGCGCGCCUGCCUUCGCGCCGCGGAACCACAGCGCGCAGCAGGCGCAGAGCCGCGCAAUCCAGCGCCUGUCUGCGCAGCUGCCCGCGCACGUCGUCAACAACACCAGGGUGCACGCGGACCUGCACUUCCGCAUGGACCUGCCCAAGAGCAUCUACCGGUCCUACGUGUGCAAGGACCCGGAGUGCCGGUGCCAGGCCGACAACGGCGUGCACCCCAGCGGGAUCAUCCCGCCCCCACACGAGGCGCCCGAUGAGGUUGUGCAGUGCCUCAAGUGCAAGGGCGACAUGGCCGACACGCUGUUCCUGCAGGCCGACGCCACCAACCUGCGCACCGGCGCCGAGUUUGAGGUGAACAUGAUGGCGUCCAUGGCGCGCGUGCUGGUGAGCAACCCCCUGCCCACGGCCGAGUACUACUCCGUGCUCAUCAACAUCGUGAACCAGGCGGACGGCGGCAUCGGCGCGGCGGAGGCCAUGACGGACGCCACCCAGCAGCUCAGCCUGAAGUACACGGCCGGCAUCAAGCUCAACGACCUGAACGAGGUGAUGGCCGUCUACAUGCCGCCGCUGGACAACAAGCCCGCUGUGUUCGCCACCCUGCACUAUGUGUACACCAUGGAGGCCGCCCGCACGGACUACAUCGCGGCCUCGGUGGCGGACAACGCCAACGUGCUAGGCGGCGGCGGCCCCACCGCUGGUGGCGCAUACGCCGCUGGCAGCGAUGCCAACGGUGGUGCCACGGCGGUCCCCACGGCGGCCGCGGCCGCUCAGCCCCAGGCCGCAAUCUCCGCCAACGGCGCUGCGGCUGCUCUAGCUGACGGUGCGCCUGGCAUGGUGGCGGCUGCGGCACCUGUGGCACCGGCCGUUGGUGCGGCGGCGGCGGUUGCGCGCGGAGCGGCGGCAGGUGUGCAGCACGAGGCGACGUGCUCAUGCAGCCGGUGCAGCAGCCCUCGCCGGCUGCGUACGCGCCCCCUGCUGCCCUGGCGCUGGCCCAGCACGGUGGCGCCAGCGAAGUGUAGCAGCCCGUGCCUGCACCGCCGCCCCGCCGCCGGCUGUUUCAGGGCGUGGCGCCGCAGAUCACCAGCAACGACGUCGAGCUGCUGAGCGGUGGCAACUCCAGCGAGCUGGCGGACAGCGGUGCCUCCGAGUGAUGUGCGUGGUCUGAAGGGCUUUUCAAGCGGGGCAGUGGCAUGUCAUGGACGGGGCGGGCUGGUAUUCAGGGUGCAUUUGCCUUGGGCGUUACUAGGGACUGAUUCCUUUCAAGGCGUGUGCUGCGAGUUUUGCACCUGCUUUAUAUUCACAUGCAUGUUGAUGACAGAUGUCUCUCGCUUUGUUCUCUACCAGUCUUGCGGCUUCCUCCAUAUGGGAACCCGGCAUAGAUCAUGACGUGCUGCAGCCGUACGACAGAUCUACGAUCAUGUGUGCUUCUGAAAUUGGCACCACGCUUGGGAGCGCAGAACCUAGGUCGAUCCUUGGGUGGCAGUGUCGUGUGUGGCCGUCGCAUGCACCCGCUGUUACGUGUGCCAGCGACCCGUGCUGCUGUGCCUUGCCUCCGCUGUUCGGACUUGGCCUUUGCCACAUGCUCUGUGUAGCGACGUGCUGCCUGCUGUGUAAACCGGUUCGGCU